AUGAAUUUGAAAACUUCUGUUAAAUGGAUUUAUACCAAAGGACUUCAGUAUAAUCUUUUUAUGUUAGAAGAACAUGAUUAUGAUGAUGAUGUUGAUGUUGUUAUCAACGAUCCAGCUGUUGCACUCAAACAUCAAAAAUAUAAAACUUGGUUAUACGUCGUACUUCUUUCAAUUUGUCUUUAUGUACUAUUCUAUGUUACUUUGAUCAAAAUAGAAUCGAAAACGGCGGUUAUUUCCAAUAUAACGCCUGAUCUUUUCAGACAGUUAUCAUUUGAACACGGUGAGACUCUUUCAUGUCCAUGUAAAACAAUUACAAUACCAUAUAGAAAUUUCGUUUUUAAUAAUGUUACAAUGCACCCUGUUUGUUCGAGUAUUUUUGUUGAUGAACAAUGGAUUGAAAGAUUAUAUUUUGCAAAUGCUAGUCUCUAUGGUGUUUUUGAUUUUCGGGCAACGGCAUUUUCUCAGUUUAAAAUUCUUUCAAAGUUUUGUUCACUUUCGAGAGAAAUGAUUUCCAAAAUUCGAACAAAUCUUAAUAAUACUGAUUUAAUUAGCAUUGAACUUCUUUCUGAAACGCAAGUUCAAUUAGAAUUAGAUGGUAUCACUGCAAUUCAGAAAAAUAAUGCCUUUAGUCAAAUGAUGUCAUUUUUGAAUUAUUUGAGAACGACGAUACAAGGUGAUUAUCUGGUUACAGGCCUUGGUACUAAUUGGUUAAUUCAAUUAAUUAAAUACAAUCAAUGGAUUUCUUUGACGACUGGAGCCGCAGUAAAAAUUUUCACGAAUCCUGUUAGCUUUAUAUCCUGCAGCGCAAGAAAUUUGAUAAUUGCAGCUACGCUUUCUCCGUUAUCAAACACUUCAAUAAGUUUUUUUCAAAGAACUCGUCUGCAAGCAUUACCUAAUUCUACAAUUGUCAAAGGCUUUUUUACAGGAUGUACUCCUCUUGAAGCAUUCCUUCAAAGUACAUUAGAGUGUUUAUACGAAAAUGAAUGUCUUCAAAUAUGGUUGAAAUAUUUUCCAGAACUAAACCGAACAAACAUAGAUUGGAACAAUUCGAUCUUAACAUCAAAACAUGAAAAUAUUUCUGUAAUCAAUUAUAUAAAUACUCUGUUUAUUCAAAACUGGUCAAUAGAAACGAAUUAUCCGAUAUAUUUUGAUCAAUGUUCUCCAUCAUUAUGUACAUACACAAUACAAAAUCGAGUAGCUCUAUCAUAUGCAAUUACUCUUUUUAUUAGUCUUUAUGGUGGUCUUAUCAUUAUACUUCGUUUAGUUGCAUCAUAUUUCAUUGAUAUUUUCUUUAAAUUUCAAAAAUAUUCAAAUCAUCGAAAUAUAAAUACAUUCGAACCAAUUCAAUCAUUAAAGCAUUUAAAUUUAUUUAAAAAUAUUCAUGAUCGAACAGAAAUAAGUAUUAAACAACAAAGAAUUAUCACUCGUGUUUAUUUGAUCCUACUAUUUGGUUUGAUAUGUUGUGUCUGUCUCUAUACGAUAUUAAGUAAGGAAAUUAUAACAAUAACAGUAUCAAAUCCUUCAAUGACAACGUAUGAAUCAUUAGAAAAUAUCUAUUUAACUACAGUUCAAUGUCCAUGUUCAAAUAAAACAAUAUCUCAUCGAGUAUUUAUGUCUUUUUCUCCAACAUUUCAUCAAAUAUGUUCAAGUGGUUUUGUUCACGAAGAUUGGAUUAUAUUAUUAAAAAGCAGUUCAAACAUCGCCAAUGAUAAUGAUUGGCGAAAUCAAGCAUAUAAAAAUUUUCAAUUAAUAUCGGAUUUUUGUCGGUUGUCUAAUACAACAAUUAAUGAAGCUGUUGAUAGAUUUCUUUCACAAGUCUUUAUUGCUUCUACUGUUGUGAAUAAAACUGACUUUGAUAAACAACUUAAUGCAACUAUCAACCAAUUUUAUCGAUCAACACUCUACAAUUUUGAUCUUUUGAAAAAAGUUGUAUAUUUAACUAUGCAAGUUGAUCAAUUUUAUUCUGGAUCAUUCAAAAAUCCAUUCUUAUACAAUUUUGACACUAAACUGAUUGCAAAUGUAAUAACAAAUGAAACAAAUAAUAUUACAACGCAACAAGUUCAAUUUAUUCAACACGAACUUAUCGCGGUUAGUCCAACGUUAAUCAAAUGCGCUUGUAAUAUGAAUCCAUAUUGUCAAAGUCAAGCCGUUAUUUAUGAUAACGCUUAUGAUUAUAUAUCUAAUAACGAUAUUAAUCUCAUUUAUAAUGUGUCUGGAUGGAUUCAAGGUUGUCUUGCUAUUGAUUCUCUUCAAUUUUCAACAUUUCAAUGUUUAUAUAUUGAUUCAAGUUGUUUUCCACUUUUAUUAAGUUAUGUAUACGGACUGACGGAUGCUACUGCGAAUCUUCAAUCAUCAUCGCUUCGUAUAGCACCUCUGGUUUAUAAUUCAAAAAUGAGUCAUUUUCCUCCGAAUACAUCAAUUUCAAUAAUUAUGAAAGAAAUGAUGGUUGAACAAUGGAAUCCUUCUUUAUCAUAUGAAUAUUUUUAUAAAGCUUGUGCGCCAGUAUAUUGUUCUUACUCACAAAUAAUUCAUAAAGAGAAUAUUCUAGGAGUAAUUGUAAAACUAAUAUCAAUGAUUGGUGGUAUUGUUGUCUCAUUACGUAUUUUAACACCUCAUUUAGUAAAGUUUAUUUUGGGAUUUUCGAAAGCAUUCAAGAAAAAAACUGAACAAGUUCAUUCUGUUCAUACCAAUCGAUUGAAAACUAUGAUAAAAAAUUUAAUAAAACUUAUACGUAUUACAUUAAUUGAAAUGAAUAUAUUUACAUCACGUGAUCUUGGAAGUGAUGUUGAUCGAAUAACAGCAAAGCGUUAUGGUCAAUGGGCAACUCGUCUAUAUUUUAUCUUGUUUCUAAGUGGUCUUACUAUUCUUAUAUUUUAUACAAUUAUUCAACCGCACACAUCGACUAAAAAUUUUAAUAAACCAUCUUUCAUUUAUUAUAAUAAUCUGAGAAAAAUGUAUGCUGAUGAAUUAAGAUGCACAUGUUCAAAAAUAGUCUCAACAUAUAAUCAAUUUGCUCAAAUCGAACCAUUAUUUCACCCGAUAUGUAAAAGCGAAUUUGUUUUAAAAGAAAGGCAACUAGAUUUAGUCAAUGGUCUUAAUUCUAAUUUAACUAUUUAUGAACAAAGUGAUUAUCGUCGAUUUCUUUCGCCUCAUUUACAGUAUCUUCAAGGAUUGUGUCAACUUUCACAACAAGCAGUAAAUAAUUCGAUCAAUGAAUUUCUAACAUCGUUAUUAGUUACUGUUGAUCUUCUAUCAAAUACUAAUUUUGAAAAUCGACUGAAAAAUUUAGUAGAACAGAGUAAAUCUAGUGCUCCUAUCUUAUUUAUUCGUCUUCUCUUUUUCACUCAAAGUAUUUUUCAUGGAAAUGCUAUUAUAUCAACUUAUGGAACAAAUUACAAAUAUAGUGCAUUAUCAAGUAGUUUUGCGUAUACAGAACCUAUUAUUUACGAUGAUAAUUGUUCGUGUGGAUUGUCCCCGAAUUGUACAACUCAAGCAAAUAUUAUUGAAACAAAGUCAACAAAAACGUUGAUCAAAGGUAUGAAAAUGGGUUGCACACCAAGCCAGUCAUUUCUACGUUCGACUCUUGAGUGUUUCUAUGAUCAAUCAUGUCUUGAUCUUAUUCAACAAUAUACAAACUAUUCAAAUUCUUUAACUCCUCUUCCAUCGACAACAACAAAUGCUAGUCGAUUUUCUCAGAAUACAACAAUAGAAGAACUUGUCAAGAAUUUAUUUGUUGAACAAUGGUCAACCCAAAUUAGUUAUUCAUUGUAUUAUCAACAAUGUUUACCUUCUCUGUGUUCCUAUACAACUAUUGAAAGAUUUGAUAUAUUUUACACAAUUACUAUCAUACUUGGAAUUCAAGGUGGUUUAACAAUUGUCCUGAAAUGGAUUUGUCCAAAACUCGUUCGAAUUGGAUCAAAGAUUUAUUAUCAUCGAAAGAAACGAAUCAAUCCUCUUCUUAUUGAGACGCUACCUCCUCCGUCUGCAAAUCCAAUGAAUCAGCAGACAACUUGGAAUAAUGAUAUAGCACUAAUGGACACACGAUUACCACGUAAUCCGUCGUUUUUGAAGAUCAUAUGUGUCAUUGCACCAUUAAUAUGCAUAUUAGUAGGUGUCAUUUUAUUUUCAAUAUAUUAUUCAAGACAAAACUCAACGAUACAUAUAACAAUGAUCAAUGAUUUUAAUACAACAAUAAUCACAACUGUACCGGCAUCUUCGAACACAUCAGAACCAUUUUUAUGUCAACCUGCAUUUGAUCAAUUAUCAAUUAAUGUUUCAUGUCAAUCGAUUAUGUUAAUACCAAGCGUUAUUGCUGAUAUAAAUUCUGAUAAUAAAGUUGAUAUAAUAUUUCUUUGUCAAGAUGAUCGAAUAAUACAUAUUUUACUUGGAGAUGACAAUAAUACAUUUGAAACAACGAUGACAGUUAUUUUUGAUGUUGAUAUUUGGCCAUAUCAUAUUCGCGUUCAUGAUAUGAAUAAUGAUGGACAGGUUGAUCUCAUUUUAGCGUUAUACUCAGAAAUUAAUAUUUUAUUCGGGGUUGGAAAUGGUACGUUUCGUACACAAGAUAUGCAAUCCGUAGCUAUUGAUGGUUCUCCUCGUCAUAUCGUUAUAGUUGACCUUAAUCAUGAUGAACUGUUAGAUAUUAUCAUUAUAAUUGAUCUUGAAGAUUAUGUAUACAUAUAUUUGGCAGAUACCAAUGGAACCUUUCUGUUAAACUCAACAUUGUUUAUAGAACAUUGGGCGUCCUCAUCAAGUUUAUUUGUUGUUGAUUUCAACAAUGAUACAAAUUUAGAUAUUGCUGUAAUGAAUGAACAUAGUCGUCAUAUUCAUGUUUUUUAUGCAGAUAAUAAUGGAAGUUAUCAGCCACAGAAAUGGUUUUUUACUGCAUUCAAUGUUGAUCGAUUUGGUGUAGUAACAGGUGAUUUUGAUAGCAAUAAUCUAGCUGAUAUUGCUUUUCUUUAUAAUUGGCAGUAUAUGACAUGUAUGUUAUUUCGAAAUAGUAAUGAUACUUUUUAUGCUAAUGAACAAAAAUUUAUGGGAUCUUCCAUACUGUUGGGCUCACCUGUUGUAGGUGAUUUGAAUGGUGAUAAAUAUUUAGAUAUUGUUAUUGGAACAAUCACUCAAUAUGAAAUUUAUGGUCUACUUGGCAGUGAAAAUGGAAAAUUCCAAAUAUACAAUAUCUAUUCAAAUGAUCUUUCUAAUUAUGAAAUAUGGACUGAUAUUGCCGAUUUCAAUAAUGAUAAUUGUCAAGAUAUAAUUAGUAUAAAUACUUAUACCAAUUACAUAGACAUCUUCUUAAAUACAUGCGAAUGUGUAGCUCAUUAG